AUGGGCGAAGAUCCGCUGCCGCUGCCUGUAGGGACCCGCCCGCUGGACCAGACAAAGGAGAGGCGCAGCCGACGUGAUGAGCUGGUCUCGCUGGAGAAGAAGGGCGAGGUGACGCAGCGGGCUCGAAAGUUUCAGAGCACCGACAGUCCCGGGCCGUCCCCGUCUCGAACACCUGGACGCAUCAACCUUGAUUGUUGGGAGCAGCGAUGCCGUGAGAAGAUCGGCUCCUCGCAGCCUUGUAUGGAGCUUGGGCACCAGCUCCAGGACCCGUCUGCUCUUGCUCUAGGUCUGCACUUGCUGUUCCUAGUCGCCGCGAGACAGGAUCCGAUGGAGGCCAGUUUGGACCCCAUCGAGGAAGACCAGCCAGGCCUCGCGGGCCCGGAGUCCGAGGAGGCAACCGUUUUGCCGGGCAUCGGCCUGGGUCCAAUCGAAACGGAUGCCGCGCCAUCCGUUUCGAUGGCAACCACAGAUCCCAGCUCUGUGGUCUGUUCGGAGCAAGAAGCUUCGAGCAGCACGGAGAUGCCCCUUGACGAUCUGCAGGAGAUCACAUGGGAGGUCGCCUUGCUGGAAGGGGAAUCCGCUAGCAAGAAGGCUCCUGAAGCCGAGUGUUUCUGCAUGUGGGACAGCGAGGAAGAAAAUUGCAUGACACAAGAUGACUUGGCAUCCAACAGGCCGGUUCUUGCAUGGUUGGCCUGGAACAACCAGUCCACAUUCAAGGAGCCUCUUGAGUUCUCCAUGCUGGACUACCUAGCAGAGCUACCCGAGGGUGUUGCCGAAAAGCUUCAGCGGUGUUUGAAGACGCACGAAGAGUUGGUGAGGAGAUUGUGCCAGAGGAACGAACUCCUCCAAGCCCACGUCCGAAACAUUCGGUGCGAUGGGUUAGAGGCCAGAGUGUCUCCAAUGACGCCGCAGUCGAAGAGUCUUCCUUUCUCUCCCAUGGCUCCGCCAAGAAAGUCGCCGCAGGCAGCGGCGGCCUUCAGCACCCGCACGGUGCAGAGAGAACCAAGGCUGGUGAAGCCAAUCACAUCUAGAUCGGUCGCAGAACGCGGCUCUACCAACCAGGGCUGCUUGGCCGAGCACGAGGCGACCCUGAGAGCGAGGCUGCAGCGCACCAUGAAAGCCUCCAAAGAGCGAGUGCAGUUAAUGCAGAGGCGCGUGGAGCGCGAAGAGCAGCAGGUGAAGAAUCGUUUCGAGGUCGCCAUGCAGACUCGAGAAGGAAUGGAGCGCAGCAUCAAGGCUGCCCUUAGGGAGCAUAGCCUGGCGAAAGUGCGAAUCGCCGAGCUCGAGGAGGCGAUCAGCAUCGACGCAGCUCGCUGUCGAGCCAAGGAGAAGGAGCGCGAAGAACUCUCUGAGAAACAGACAGGGCUUCGCAAUGAGCUGAAGGCCCAGCGGAGCAGGGCCUCAAACCAUCAGAAGUGCGAGCGUCGCAUUCAGGACCUGCAACGUGAGCUGGAGGCUUUGACCAAGGCCUGCCACUCCGAAAGUCCCAGGUGGGCUUUGUGA